AUGGAACAACAUAAUGCUAACCAAAAUGAUGGCCAGGGACAUGGACGUGGUGCUCAUGGGCGUGGUUUUGGUGGGGCACAGAUUGGAAACCCUCCAAUGCACAGAUGUACUUAUAAAACAUUCCAGGGCUGUAACCCACGAUCAUUUACCGGUGCUGAAGGACCCUUAGAGAUCACUAGGUGGAUUGAGAAGAUGGAAUCCGUCAUGGCAAUCAGUGGUUGUGCUGCUGAUCAACGGGUUAGGUAUGCUUCUUGCUCUUUUCUUGAUGAAGCACUAUCCUGGUGGAACUCGCAAGUUCAAAUCUUGGGUGAAGACGCUGCCUAUGGUCUAACCUGGAAUGAACUUAACGAAAUGCUCCUGAAGGAGUAUUGCCCGCGCAGCGAGAUACAGAAAAUCGAGACCGACUUCUGGAACCUAACCGUGGAAGGUCUGAACAUCAGAGCUUACACUUCUCAUUUUAACGAUUUGGCAAGGUUAGUUCCACGAAUGGUUACUCCUGAGUAUGUAAAGGUAGAGAGGUAUAUCUGGGGGCUGUCGCCACGGAUUCGCAGCAUGGAGGAAUCCGGGAAGUCAUCGGGCAAGGCCAAAGCAGAUGUGAAAUCUGAAUGGUUGGGGCGUUCUGAGUCUAAGUCAGGAGAUUCGAAGAAGCUCAAGUCCGAGAGCUCGAGGAAGGAAACCGAUGAGAAGCGUGACAGAAAACGCUGUUUGGGGAAGGCGUAUGUUGCCAGUUCUAGCAGUUCUAGAAGGGAUAAUGCCAGGGAUGGCAGGAGUGGUUCUGAGAAGAAGACUCAUGAGGAUGAGCAGAAAAAGUGUGCCAGAUGUGGCCGAACUGGGCAUGUUACCCGCGAGUGCUAUGCUAAAAGUACUUCGGAGGGAGCGAAGCUAGAGGGAUGCUUCCAGUGCGGUGAACAUGGACAUUUCAGGAGGGAUUGUCCUAAAGCAAAGGGUCAGAAUGCCAGGGGUAGAGCGUUCGAGCUAAACACUGGAAAGGCACGUGACGAUCCUACUGUUGUUACCAGUAUGUUUUUUAUCAAUAACCAUUCUGCGUUCGUACUCUUUGAUACUGGAGCUGACUUUAGUUUUGUUUCGAAAAACUUUGAACCAUUUUUGUGUUCUCCAACAAGUAAGCUAAGUAAAAAGUACUCGAUAGAACUAGCAAAUGGUAUACUGAUAGAGACUAACGAGGUCGUUCGCGGUUGUAGUAUUCAGUUAGAUGAUCAUAGUUUUAGUAUCGACUUGUUACCAGUGGAGCUGGGGAGUUUUGAUGUUGUUGUGGGGAUGUAUUGGCUAUCCAAGAACAAAGCUGAGAUUAUUUGCUCGGAGAAGCAAGUGAGGAUACCUCGUCCAGAUGGUGGUGAAGCGAUAGUCGUUCACGGAGACCGAUCGAGUCAAGUGUCGAGUGUCGUCAGUGGUAUGAAGAUGCUCAAGUUGUUGCGAAAGGGUUAUCCUGCGUUCUUAGUUAACGUGGUGGAUACGAAGGCCGAAGGUAGGAAGAUCGAAGAUAUUCCUAUUGUUCGUGAUUAUCCAGAAGUUUUUCCUGAAGACUUACCUGGAAUGCCCCCUGUAAGACAGAUCGAGUUUAGAAUUGAUCUUGUACCCGGUGCUGCACCGAUUGCAAAAUCUCCUUAUAGAUUAGCGCCGUCAGAGAUGAAAGAAUUGUCGAAUCAGCUUCAAGAGCUACUAGACAUAGGUUUCAUAUGA